AGCGGCACUAUUUAACCAGUCGAAGCUUCUUGCAAUGACAACACGUGUUGACCACGGGCUGCCGUAAAGAUGUCCCACUGUGUCGGGAAGUGUCGUAAAUUCUCAUCUCCACUGGUUAAUUCUCACUCAAUGAUGGCAACAAUAGGUCGGGUGAUCAGGUGCAAAGCAGCUGUUGCUUGGGAGCCGAGGAAGCCUCUAUCUAUUGAAGAAGUGGAAGUUGCCCCUCCCAAGGCCCAUGAAGUCCGCAUCAAGGUUGUUGCUACAGGUGUGUGCCACACAGACUGGGAAUACCUGUAUGAAACUGGAAAAGGGAUGACUUUCAGGCCGUUUCCGUUAGUUCUUGGCCAUGAGGCAGCAGGGAUAGUUGAGAGUGUUGGCCCAGAAGUCACCAAAUUCUCUCCCGGGGAUAAAGUCAUUCCUCUUUUUUUGCCAUAUUGUGGAGAGUGUGUGCGUUGUCGAAGCAACAAAACUAAUCUCUGCAGAAAAAACUGGGCAAAUACUCAAGUGGGCAUAUUGGCAGAUGGUACAAGCAGGAUUUCUUGCAAGGGGCAGCAGGUCUACCAGUUCCUUGGUGUCAGCUCUUUCUGUCAGUAUACUGUGGUUCCUGAUACUUCUCUUGCUAAAAUAAGAUCUGAUGCACCUUUGGACAAAGUCUGUCUGUUUGGCUGUGGAGUCUCCACUGGUUAUGGUGCUGCUGUUAAAACAGGCAAGGUUGAAAAAGAUUCCUCGUGUGCCGUUUUUGGGCUCGGAGCAGUAGGGCUGGCUGCCAUCAUGGGCUGCAAGGUUGCCAUGGCAAAAAGGAUCAUCGGGGUUGAUAUCAAUUCUGACAAGUUUGAGAAAGCCAGGGAGUUUGGAGCCACUGACUGUGUCAACCCAAGAGAACAUAGCAAGUCUAUCCAGCAGGUUCUGGUGGAGAUGACGGAAGGAGGGGUCGAUUACGCUCUGGAAUGUGUUGGAAGUCCAGCUAUCAUGAGUGCUGCGUUUGAGUCCACAACAGAGGCUUCAGGUACCUGUGUCAUUGCUGGGUGGACAGAGACAGAAUCAAUGGACGUCAAGGUGAUAAAGAUGCUGAUGGGGCGCACCUUGAAGGGGACGUAUUUUGGAGGCUGGAAGAGUGUGAUAGAUGUUCCUAAUCUGGUGGAUGACUACAUGAACAGCAAGUUGAAGCUGGAUGAGUUUAUCACUCACAACCUCCUGCUCGAUGAAAUCAAUGUGGCCUUUGACCUUCUGAAAUCUGGUGAAGGCAUCCGUACUGUGAUCAGGCUGCAAGACUCUGAAGAGGACAAGGAACCAACGACGACUACUAAAUAAGAUAUGCCACUGCUCUUUUUCAUGCAGUUAGUGAGAAAAACCUGAAAUAUUUAAUCUGCUUUGCUCUGUAGUAAAUUACAACAUUUGCCACUAGAUGGCAGUCUUAUCCUGCAUAAACCAGUUUGUUAUUGUCAUAAGCAUCAUACCUUUAUUAAAACAGUUUUCAAUUUG